AUGGCUAACCAUUGUGGUCGAUAUCAUUUUCCAAAUUGAAGUGGAUGACACAUUAGACUACGUCCCCAACAAUUUUACCUAACCCAAAAACAAAAUUUCAGUAAAAAGAAAGACUUAAUUUCACCAGCAACCAAGAACCCAUUCAUACCCUAUUUCUCUUCUCCUCUUUUAUGAUGGACAGAGAUCCCUUUCAUGCCUGUGUUUUCCAAAACUGACUGUUCUACACCUGAUUUCAUCUCCAUGAGAUCCCUUUCAUGCCUGUGUUUUCAAAAAAUGACUGUUCUACACCUGAUUUCAUGUCCAUGGCUACCUCUGUUGUCAGUGCUACUAGUCCUCUCACAGAACCCUGCAAUGGCGAUUGAAUUCGUCUUCAACGGCUUCAAUGAUGGUGAGAUACCCCUCAUCGAGGCCGCAAAACUCGAUGGCCGAACCAUCCUCCUUACUGGAGCGGAUUCUAACAGAUCGGUCGGCCGUGCCUACUUUCCCACUCCUCUUACCAUCAAAGUCCAAAAUUCCACUAGCAUGUCGUCCUUCUCCACCAGCUUCAUCUUCUCCAUCCUCAGUCGCACCCCUGAAACCAUCAGAAGCCAUGGCCUGGCGUUUUUCCUAUCGCCCCCUGUUGAAGGACCUGUCCCCGAUCUUGACAGCCUCAUCAAUGUCGAGUUUGGCACCAAUUUCUACCAAGAAUUUGGCAGAAACCAUGUUUAUGUCCAACCCCCUUCUCCUCUCUCCAUUGUUAACACCCCUGCAGGAUAUUGGAGCUCGACUACCAGUUUCGAGUCUCUAGACAUACGGUCUGGUCAGAACAUCCAAGCUUGGAUUGAUUUCGAUGGCCCCAAUCUCACCAUCAAUGUUACAAUUGUGCCUGCGGGAACAGCCCGUCCAGUCCGUCCACUACUCUCAUACCGCAAUGACAAACUUCAGGAGUCCCUCGCUGCAGAGGUGUUUGCAGGAUUCUCGGGGUGGAGGUGGAAGCCCUAUGAGUGGCAACGGGUCCUUGCCUGGAGCCUCAGUACCAAUGGCCCGGCUCCGCCGCUCAACACCUUGAACCUCCCUGUAUUCUCCUUGAAAGAGUCCUCUUCUUCUAAAUCCCGAGCUUUUAUUGCCGGAAUCUCAUCAGCCUGCAUUUUAGUGUUUCUCACUUUGGUGGUCGGAAUCAUCUAUAAGGUGUUUUUCAAGAAGGGGAGUUCAGCAGUGGAGGAGUUGGAGGAGUGGGAAAGCGAGUAUUGGCCACACAGGAUCCCCUUAGAGGUCCUGCACCAAGCCACCAAUGGGUUCUCAAAGGAGAGCUUACUGGGCUCUGGUGGGUUUGGGAAAGUAUACAGAGGGGCCCUUCCCGGCUCGAACCUGGAAGUUGCAGUGAAGUGUGUGUCGCGUACAUCCAAGCAAGGGAUACGAGAAUUUUUAGCAGAGAUAUGGAGCAUGGGGCGGUUACAGCACCGGAGCCUGGUACAAUUGAGGGGAUGGUGCCGGCAAGACGAUCAGCUCAUGCUCGUCUAUGACUUCAUGCCCAAUGGCAGCCUUGACAAACGCAUAUUCGACUCCCCUCGAAAUCUGUUGAAUUGGGAAGGUCGACGACGAGUGGUGACCGAUGUGGCGGAGGGUCUCCUGUAUCUGCACGAGGGGUGGGAGCAACAGGUGGUUCACCGUGACGUGAAAUCGAGCAAUGUGCUGCUAGAUGCGGGUAUGAGGGGGCGGCUAGGGGAUUUUGGUCUCGCCAGGCUCUACCAGCACGGCCAGCCCACGCAGGCCACGCACGUGGUGGGCACCAUGGGUUACGUCGCUCCAGAGCUAGCAAGCACACUUGCACCCACGACUGCGAGUGAUGUGUAUAGCUUUGGGGUCUUAGCUUUGGAAGUGGCAUGUGGGAGGAGGCCCAUCGAUCGUACGAAGCCCGGGAAUGAUCAGGUGCUAGUGGAUUGGGUCCACGGGCUCUACUACGAAGGUCAACUUCUCGAGGCGGCGGAUAGCCGUAUCGCCGGUGAAUAUAGGGAGGCGGAGAUGGAGGUGAUGCUUAAAGUGGGCUUGGCAUGCUGCCAUCCGAAUCCAAAGAAGCGACCUUCGAUGCGGCAGGCAGUGCACAUACUUCAUUGCAUUCGCGCCCCCGAGCCACCCCCAACCCCGGAGGUUGAAGAUGGCUGUAGUGAGGACAAUGAUCAGCAGGAACCUUGAUGAAUGCCAUGGAAGAUCUGUUUCAAAAAUCCGGCACAGCAUCUAUCCUUUACUCCCUAGGGUAAAAUCCAAUCUAAUAGUCUUUUUUUAAUGGAUGUAACAUCUUUAUCCUAAAAAUAUAUAUAAGUAGCUCAUAGCAUUCUGCACAUUUAAAAGAAAAUAAUGUAUCAAGAUUAAACUAUAUCAUCCAAAUUUUAGAGGGUGAUGUUUUAAGUGUUUAAGAACUCAAU